UCUGCUCUCUAAUUGGUCAGUUGAGCUGGAGGAACUGUAGUUCAACAUCCGGAGUGUUUGCAACAAACCGGGCGGCGUGAAACGAUAGAAAAGUCGCAUAUAAAAGUCUAUAAGAAGAUGGACCUGUGGCCGUUGUUGUUGUUUUUCGCCCUCUGUGUUCUUCAGUCUUCCAGCAAACCCAUGGAGAAGAAGGACCGUGUCCAUCACGACGCCCCGCUCAGUGACAAAACACACGAUGAUGAAGACAACUUUGAAUAUGACCACGACGCUUUUCUUGGACAAGAAGAGGCGAAGACGUUUGACCAGCUCACUCCGGAGGAGAGCAAAGAGAGACUGGGUAUGAUUGUAGAAAAGAUCGAUACUGACCACGAUGGUUUCGUGAGCGCUGAUGAGAUGAAACAGUGGAUUAAACACGCUCAGAGACGCUGGAUAUAUGGCGAUGUGGACCGGCAGUGGCACGCUCAUGAUCUUAACACAGACUCUUACGUUACCUGGGAAGAAUACAAGAACGCCACCUACGGCCCCAUCCUCUAUGAAGCCGAUCCUGAGGAUGGUUUCAACUACAGGCAGAUGAUGAACAGAGAUGAACGGCGUUUCAAGAUGGCCGAUGUCGACGGGGAUGCUAGAGCAAAUAAGGAAGAGUUUACAGCAUUUCUACACCCGGAGGAGUUUGACCACAUGAAGGAGAUUGUAGUGUUGGAGACGAUGGAAGACAUUGAUAAAAAUGGAGAUGGUUUCAUUGAUUUGAAUGAAUACAUUGGUGAUAUGUACAGUCAAGAUGGAGACUCAUCGGAACCAGAAUGGGUAAAAACAGAAAGAGAACAGUUCACAGAGUUCAGGGAUAAAAACAAAGAUGGCCGUAUGGAUAAGGAUGAGACCCGUGACUGGAUUCUGCCUUCCGACUACGACCACGCGGAGGCUGAAGCCAAACACCUGCUGUAUGAGUCUGAUACCGACAAGGAUGGACUAGGGGUGUGACGGUCAUUAUAUAACCGUGAGACCGACGGUUAUAGUUGAACACCGUCAUUAGAACUCUAUAACCGCCAAAACCGUGUUAUUAAAAUAUUUUUUAAAACAUUUUUUAUCAUAAAGAAUUUUUAAAUACUAUUUAAAACAAUUGUUAACAGUCUGUGUUACACGCCCCCUCACGUUCUCACGGAGUGAAAAAUACAGAGCGGAGCAGACACUGACAACGCGCUGACAUACAGGACAGACCAGGUUACUUUUCGGUUACUUUUGAGAUUUAACAUAUUAAACAAAGUCUCACCUUUCCAAUCAUCUCUUCCUUCUAGUUAAUUUAUAGCAUCAAAUAAACAUGAAUGACCAUGAGAAGGAAUGUUGUUUUAACCGCGGAAAGGCGUCAGUACACUCCGCUUUUCAAGUUCAAAUCCUCCCAUGCUAAUCUACUAACUCUCUUGAACGCACGUUCACUGCUAGUUGUCUUGCUGUUAAUUUUAAAGAAACGUAGAGCAAGUAGCUAAUCAGUGUCUAGUUUAUUCAAACGCCGGGUGAGCACUGUGCAGCGCGUCUGCGGAGAGCGUUUGCUGCGCGUGGCCAUUGUGCUUUUACACCGGCUGCAUUUAAUAACAAUCUCAAGUUCACAUUAACUUUCUUUUACCUGCGCAUUUAUGAGCAAAACCUCUUCAAUACGCUUUUAAUCCACAUUGUUUUCAUGCUGUUCUGGUCCGUGUAAUGACAGAUAUAGACACAAUUACAGACAUAAAAAGCCCAAUGCACAAAUCUGUUUCUCUGAAGAUUAUUAAAAUAGAUGAUAGAUAGAGGAUUAAUUUAUGCUGGGCAGAGAGUGACAGCGCAGUCUUCUGGCAACAGUGUGUUUUUUUAAUAUUUCAUUGCUUUCUGUUAAAUUGUUCAAAGUUAUUACUGUUUAAAACACACUUGGCAUCACAUUCAUGAUUUUAUGGUAAAAUGACACUUUCCCGUCAAUCCACGAGCAUUUAAACGAGCAAAACGCCCCCCACAGACGGUUAUGUGAUGAACCGUCACAUUUGACUCACGUCAUAACCGUCAUCACCAAUUCUGAAACCGGCACAC